AUGGCGGAUCCUAAUGGUUACCAGCCAUACUAUGGUCAGCCUGGCAACCCUCCGGCCACAUCCCAACCCGCGACCGGUCGCUACGAAACCUACCUCCUUCAGCAGAACCCCGCUCAGAACCAGCAGUUGCCGAGACGUAUGCCAAGCUACAAUGCCGGUGACGACUCGCAGAUUCUCAACACAUCACGGGUCCAGAAUGCGCGACCGACCGACACAAACGCGAGAUACGCGGUACAUAGCAGUGGAUAUGGGGGCGGCGCGGGGCAGGGAGGCUACAAUAUUGCUCCAGGGGGAUACGACGAUGAUCGCGAAUCGUCAGUGUUUUCGCGCACGCCAUCUGAGCAGUCGCAAAUGUCGCCUACUCGCGCCUCCUCGCACACGAGCGUCUCUAGCUAUGGGUACCGAUACCCUGCGUCUUCCGGACAGCCUGCAUACAACCCUCAACAAUAUGGCUUGCCGCAAUCACAGACCCAACCGAACCUCAGUUAUAACCCCUCAACCUAUACUGCCCCCAGCAAUAAUGCGCCUUAUACGAAUUCCGCCUCGAGUCAUCAACCUUAUAACCCCGCGGCGUAUCAGUCGUCUGCAGUUGCGGGUUUGAGCUCACCAGUUCUCGCGCGACGACCGAGCGAAGCCUCGCCUUAUGGACCGACAUCUCCCACGCCGCAGUCUUAUGGAUUUGCCUCGCAACAGCAGCAGCCACCGGUACCACCUCCUCGUGGAGCAGACCACCCGUACGGAAGUCGACCCUCUCCAUAUGGUGCAUCACCCGUGAUUUCAGGCCAGCCGAACUCGAUCAAUGCCUCCACCUCAUACCAGCCGAUUUCAUCGCCGACCGCGAGCAGUUUUGCAACGUCGAACUCCCCAUCCAGCGCCUAUAACCCGUCGUCUGCGUCCCGUCCUUAUUUCCCCGUUGCGGCCGGGUUUGGCUCCGACUCACCAUACCCUACUCCCACCAUCCCCCCAUUGGGCAGCGGCUAUGAAGAGCAGCCACCGGAGCCGCCAGCCCAUCAACCCCAAGGGAAUGGAUUUUAUGGCCAAAGAAUGGGUAUACCCCAUUCGGCUUCUGCGCGGACCCUUCCCACACCUCCUGUGCAGCACGACCUACCGAUUCUGCCUCCUAGGCGAACAGAAACCUUGAACAGACACCCACAAGCCCGGCCUCUGCCUGGCCCACCUGUAGAUGCCGAGCCUGAUUUGAAUGGACCUCCGCGGCCAGGCAACGUACAUAAUGACGAAUUGAUGAAGGAACUCGAAACAGCAGUGAUGGACACGCAGGCAACGUUCACACGCCGCCACAGCUCUAGGACGUCGCACAAUGGCUCGGGAUCGCACGUGCGUCUAUCACCAGACGAGCAGCAUACCCAUACCAACGGCAACAUCUCUGAGUUCCAGAUCAACUACGGCGCCUAUAGUGAUGACAGUGAGGCAGAAGCAGAAGCAGGGCUUGCGAUGUUGCGCAUGGCAGAAGAGGAAGAGCAGGCCCGACAGGAGCGGGAGCGCAUGCAAGGCCGUUCACGACGGGAGACAAAUGCUUCGGUGAUGAGCUCUCGCUCACAUGGCUCUCAAGCCCAUCUCCCCCGGGGGCCUUCACCGCACUCGAUGCCUCAGGAAGAUGGCGAGUUUAUUGGCCAUGAUCUUGCUCUGUAUGAGGGAGGCUACCAGGGAAAUCUUCAUUACGGAGAAGAGCACAGUUCUGAAGAGUACUCGGAAGCCGCGACGGGCGGGGGAUUCCAACGCACUCAUGAUUCUUUCAGAAGCUCCGACUUGUCCCCCGAUGAGCGUGGAGAAUACUAUGAUGACUAUGAACACCCGCAAAUUGCAUAUGAGUAUGCGAAUCGUCUGCAUCAUCUCCCUUCAGACGCCCGCGUGGAUGCUGGAGGUACUGGUGGUCUGUCCGCGCCUGGACAUUAUGGCCGACGAAUGAGCUUCGAUUAUGGCGAAGAUGCCGAAAGCCCGUACGAGCAGCCGCAGCAAGAGGGAUAUCAAUCGGGCGACGAAAGCCCCCAUGGCGGCGUGCCUGAAGAUCUCUUCUUCCACCCCGGAAUGCGCCCACUACCGCCCGCGCCAGUCGAGCCUGCCGGUGGUGCCGACCUGUACAGCCACCUGAUGCCCGCAGGCACCUACCGACCCCCAGAGCAGGACGAGAUGCAGGGUCAAGAACAGUAUAGACACCCCUCUUCCAUCGCGACGUCCGUGGACCAGUAUGGAGAGCAAUUGCUCAGUCCAUCUCAAGUUCCGCGGUCGUCAUCUCUAUCGACCCCCAUUGGACCUCGUACUGAUGCACCUAUCAGGUCAAAGACCGAUGCGGACCGCGUCAAGUACAAGCAGCAACAGGAAUAUCUCUGGCAGCUACAGCAGAAGGAGCUGCCCAAAAUUGAUCCGAGUGAGGCGACUGCUUCUGUGGCUUUGGAUCUACCGGCUAUUCCCGCUGCGCGGCGCAAGAAGUUCAAUCCGACGAAGCUGUCUUCGGAGCAAUUCAAGAAGUGCACGGAGCCAUGGGCGCUAAGCUCCAUUAUGGCCUGGAUCAAGGAUCUUAGUCAGGAUGAGACUGAUCUCCGCGAGCAGGCUAUUGCCGAUGCGAUCGUGGCGCUGUUCACCCACAAGGUGCCGACGAUGAAUAGCGCAGAUGCUGAAACUCUAGCAGCUCGGGUAGUGAGCAGCAUGCUCAAGGAGGAGGCUUUGGUUAAGGAAGAAGAGUGGGUCAAGUUCAGCAGUGGACGUAUUUCUGGUGUUUUGUUCCAGAUUACGGGAACUGGAUGUUAUUCGCCUAGGCUGCAUGAACAGGAGAUGCACAUCCAGGAUACGGACUCAACGGGACGUUGCUACUCUCAUCACUGUAUGCGAACGUUGAAGAAGGUCAAUCUCAAGGCGCAGAUGAUGGCACCACAGAAGAAGAUAGAGGACUGGGUGACUUUCUACAAGGUGCCUAAAGAAGUAUGGGAAUCUCAUCCGAAGAAGGAGAUUGACCGCCAGAACAACCUGCAUGAGAUUGUGACUACGGAGGACGCCUAUAUUGGACAACUAGACCGAUUGAACAAGUUCUUGACCGAUGUCUUUGGCAAGGUCGAUGCCGUGAAGAAAGUGAACGAAGAUUUCCUCCUGGCACAGCUCAAGUAUCGUCAAAAGGAGCAAGGCCCCUUUAUUGGCGGAUUCAGUGACAUUUUCCGCGAAUGGAUUCGCAAAGCGAAGAAUGUCUACAUUGACUAUGCUGCGACGUUCCCCCACGCCAACCACUACGUGCGACGUGAGUCUGACCGCAACCCGCAGUUCAAGGCUUUCUUGAACCAAGUCCGUGAACAUAAGCUGUCCAACCGGUUGAGCUGGGACACUUUCCUUAAGGCUCCGAUUACUCGCAUUCAGCGGUACACACUUUUACUUGGCACCGUGCAGAAGAAUAUGGUCAAGGACUCGGAGGAGAAGGCCAAUCUGGCGCAAGCCAUCGAGGAGAUUAAGGUUGUUGCGUUGGAGUGUGACAACAAGGUCGGCGAGCAGAGCAAGAAGACUGAUCUGAUGGAUCUUGCCAGCAAGCUCCAGCUUCGACCAGAGAUGAAGAAAGAAGUCGAGCUCAAUCUGGACCACAUGGGCCGCGAGAUCGUCUUCCGAGGCGAUCUGCAGCGACCCGGUACACGAACUCGAUUCCUUGUCGACACCCAUGCUAUCCUUUUCGACCACUACUUUGUUCUGGCAAAGUCAUUCACUGCACGAGAUGCACGAAUCGGCAAGUACGAGCGGUAUGAUGUCUCAAAAUUGCCCAUCCCCAUGGACCUCUUGGCGCUGGAAAGCACAAACGACGACCCUAUGGUGAAGUCAUCCGUCAGAGGUGUUGCAACCAUGACCCCUGCCCAAGGGGCCGUCAGCCCUCUUACCCACACAGGUGGCCCUUCUGCUAAUGGCGCUGGGGUGACCCUUGACUCGAAAGACGACAAGAUCUUGUAUCCCUUCAAAAUCAAACAUCUCGGCAAGACUGGAACCUACACGCUCUAUGCAUUCUCUGCGAAUAGUCGUAUCGAAUGGUGCCAGAAGAUCAUCGAAGCCAAGACCAAGCAUGCCGCAGCCUUGUUUUCACAAAACGCCGAGCCUUUCAGAUUGCGGGUUCUUGCAGAUACCGCGUUUGCACACUCGGAUCAUACGCAUGGAUCGAAGAGUGUUAUGAUCAAGGGCACUCCGCUUCACCGUGCUAUCAAGGAAGUUGAGAAGAAGUAUGAGGCUGGGUCUAGACCUCCGCCCGUGUGCAAGACUCCUGUGAACUGUGCAACUGUCUUCCAGCAGCCUCCUGGCAGAAUGAUGUGUGCUAUUGGUACCGAUUUUGGAGUAUACAUGUCUGAUCUCAGUGACCCGCGUGGUUGGAAAAGGGCUAUUCCCAUCAUGCGGGUCACACAGGUGGCCGUCUUCGAGGACUUUAACCUCUUCUUGUUGAUUGCUGAUCGCUCACUGAUCGCUUACCAUCUUGACGUGGUGUGCCCUGCUAGUGGCGUUCCAUCACAGUCGCAAGACUCUGCGCGUCGAGCUCCGCAGAAGCUCUCUGGCAACCGAGAAGUCGGCUUUUUUGCCGCAGGCCGUAUGAAAGACCGCUACUUGGUCCUUUACAAGAAGCGUGACGGCCUGUCCUCGACGUUCAAGGUUCUCGAACCCAUCCUCCAAAAAUCAUCGUCCAACAAGAGUCGCUUCUUCCAAUCCCGUCGCUCCCAAACCGAGUUCUUCCGCGAGUACGACGAAUUCUACAUUCCCGCCGAGUCCUACGGAAUCAACAUGUUCCACUCCUCCCUUGCCAUCUCUACUCAGCGCGGCAUUGAAGUCCUCACCCUGGACAAGAAGCAGUCUUGGUCUGUCCCCGACUUCCGCUCCGCAAACGUCGACGCUACAGACACCCUCCACAGCAUCGCCCAGCGCAUCAAGGAUCUUCGCCCGCUGGGUAUGUUCCGACUCAGCGAAAGCGAGUUCUUGGUUGCGUACCAGGAAUGCGCAGUGUAUGUCAACAAGCACGGUGACGUGUCUCGAAGCGUGGUCAUGGAGUUUGUGGGUAGUGCGCACACUGCUUGUCUACAUGGCAAGUUCCUCAUAUUGUUCAAUGAAGACUUUGUUGAGGUCCGCAAUGCCAUGAACGGCCGUUUGAGACAGGUCAUCCCGGGCCACGGUGUGGUUUGUCUGGACGAUGGAAGCAAGUUGCCCGGCUCGUUUGGCCAGGCUGCCGCUGGGAAUAUGAGUGGCUUCUCGGGUACCGCUAAUGGUGCUUCGCCGUCGACUGCCGGGCAUACUGUGAAGAUCUGCAUGCAGCAUCCUGCGUAUGAGCGUAGUCAGAUCGUGCUCGAGUUGGUUGAGAAUGAAGGGCAGAAGGAGUAA